AUGUUACCACCUCGUAGACCGACGCAGAAUGCUGAAAAGCCGAAUCAGAAUCAGAACCGAGGGAAAAGCGGAUCGAUACAUCCUGAUGAUGCCAUAAGACAAACGGAUGAUGAUGCGUCUUCUUCUCGAGCCUCAGCAAUCUCAUUAGGUUAUUUGAAUGAUCCAUACUCCACUUUACUAUAUAAACCAAAUUUCAUUCCUGGUCAAUCACAACCUCACUCUCAACCUCAAUUUCAAUCUCAAUCUCAAUCUAAAGGCUCCUAUGGAUUUGGACAAGGGGGUGGCUAUAUGAAUACGAAUGGCAGCGGGAGCGGGAUAAUACGUAAACCACCUUUGAUCAAUAUAGGUACACAUCAUCGAACGGUCGGUAUCGAUAUCCUGAUCAACAAGUUUCUGGAUAAGGGAAAGGGAGAGACAGAGGAGUCGAGACAAAUCGUCUCUUUAGGUGCUGGAAGUGAUACGAGGUUUUGGAGAUUAAUGUCCCAACAGAACCCACCCAAUAUAGCCAAAUAUAUCGAGAUUGAUUUCCCACAUUUAACUUCACCAAAAGCACAACGUAUAGCUCGUCAAAAGAAAUUACAUUGUCUACUACAAUCUCCUUCUUGUUCUCAUCCGGAAGUAUCCAUGCCGUCCACAUCGGGCGCACCUUCGUCGUCGUCAUCUACGAUACCAUAUAAGAUAUCUCAAGGUGGAACACGACUGGAUUCAAGAUUUUAUCAUUUACUUCCAAUGGAUCUUCGACCUUGCCCAAUUCCUAAACGAUCAAUACAUGAUAUACUAGAUGAAUACCUCUUACCACUUCUCGAUAAUUCGAAACCAACUUUAUUCUUAGCUGAAUGUCUUUUUCCUUAUAUGCCUCCCGAAGAUAGUUUGUCGAUCAUUUCAUGGUUUGGAGAAAAGUUUCAUCAUUCAAUGGGAGUAGUAUAUGAGAUGAGUGGAUUGGAUGACAGUUUUGGUAAAGUCAUGAAAAGGAAUUUAGCCUCCAGGAAUCUCUCAAUACCAGGCUCGACACCAUUUCCAACACCACAAUCACAAGCCGACCGAUUCCUAGAUCCACGUUUGGGUAAAGGUGUCUUUGAUCAGAGUGGAGUGAAGACAUUGUGGCAGGUGAGAGAUGAAGUUAUUGAUGCGAAGGAACUGCAACGUAUAUCGAGAUUGGAGAUAUUGGAUGAAAUUGAAGAGCUGAAAUUGGUUCUAGAACAUUACGUUAUUGCUUGGGGAGUCAAAGGAGAUAUCUUGAGAGAUGUGGGAUUGUGA